AUGUUUAGCAAGUUCACAGCAAGGUUUUCGAGUAUAAAUAUAAAAAACCUGAAUCUCGCAGCUUGCGGAAUUAUUACAUUCCAAUACUUGAUGGACAAAUAUGCUCUCCAUUAUUAUUUUUCAACCAUCUUGACGAAUGCCCCUCUCCCUGCAAAUUCUCAUCGAUACAAUGCAUCAUAUGAACUCCGAUACAAAGGCAUCAACGUUGCUAUGUACCCUAAGGGUGGCCCAGGAGCAGUUGCACAAGCUAUGGAUGAUUAUUUUGUAUUAAGAACAUUUUAUCCCGGAGCACUUAUCAUGCAAGCAUUCAGCUUGGCGAUGAUAAAUCAUUAUAACUUAAGAAAAGGCAGAUAUCCAUGAAUUCCUUGCUGUCUAUUAUUGGGCGGAAACUUAGUAUUGACUUUUACAUCAUAUCUUAGUGGGGUAAGAUUCUUAGUCUUAAUGAAGUACAUUGAGAACGGUGACUGAAAGGUUUACGAAAACUUUGCAGAGCUUAGAACAAGCCAAAAACUCGGCGAAUACGACGGAAUAGAAAAAUACUUGAUUCAAUCAUCUAUCACUGCAUGUGCAUUAGGUAGUGUGUUAGCAAGUCCAAUUUGGGGAAGUAUAACAGUAGCAUGCAUAGGCGUCUUAGCAUAUUUAGGUCAUUUAUAA